CUCUUAAAGCCCAGAGAGAGAGUAGCUUGAGAACACAUCUGUGCAAUGGAAAUCAUCGAGGCUUCUUCAUGUUCUGUGGCUCCAGGUGAUCGUGAUAGCCCCCGACAUUCUCAAUGGCUUCAGAAAACUCUAUCAGACAUGAACGAGAGAAUGAAAGCCAUGAUGACCCUUUUGGAAGAAGAUGGCGAUUCUUUAGAUAGAGUUGUCAGUCAUUACAAAAGAAGGCUGGAGCUUGUUCAAAUGCUAGAAGAGUUCAACAGAUCUUAUCGCUAUUUAGCUGAAACAUGUGACAGGUUGAGGUCUAAAUUCCUUGUCAAAGAUUCAGGGCCUGCACCUUUGUAUUCCACAAUUGACAGUAACAAGGAUACACCGAUAGAAAGCUCUGAUAAUUCUAACUCGGAGAUUUUAGAUUCCCAUCCUCAAUAUGUUGUUGAAGAUCCUGAGAUCAAAUGUGACAGCACUAACUUCGACGUUGAAUACCUGGACAAACUAGUGGAUGACCUGAUGUUGACUGAAGAAUGCAAGAUGAAAUUAAAAGCGAAAUGUGAAAUUGGAGAAAAUCAAAUGGAUAAGAAAGGCAGAGAUUUUUUCCGAGUAGAAAGUAUCAGUACGAAUAUGAAUGAUUAUGGCGAAGUUCAAGCUACUGCAAGAGACUUCUCAGAGGGUAGUGGUUACGAGUGGGACAAUACAUGGUGUGAACUCAAGUUUCAAAUCACAAACCUUAUGGAGGAAAAUCUGCGGCAGCAGGCCGAGUUAGCAAGGAGAAACAUUGAAAAGAAACUGGUAAUUGAUAAGCUCCGGCUACAGCUAGAACAUUUGAAGGCUGAGAACAGGUCCCUCCAGGGCUGCAUCAGCUGUUCAAAAGAUGGAGAGAAGCGCAACUCAUUGCAGAGAAGAGGAUUACUCUCGGGUAAGUUUUUUGGAGGAGGUUGUACAUGAAUUGUCAUUUGACUCAUUUCCCUGCUUAAGCAAAUGCUUUAGCAUGAAGUUCAUGCAAAUCCAAUCCUCAACAUCAAAGCUAUAAUUACACAUCUUGUAGAGCUUAAAGGAGCAAAAUUUUCCCAAUUACUUGUCAUGCUCUUAUGUAAUUCAUAAUAUGUUCUUGUUCAAAGGGUAAUCUUUGUGCUGUAACAGACUGCUUUCUUGUCUCGUAAUUCUGUGCCUCAAGGUCCUAGACUGUAUCUCUAUAAAUAAAACAUCCUUUCAGCAAUAACCACAUAAAAGAAAUACAUUUGGCUUCA